GCAGCGAGCUCUUAUUUCAGGUUUCCAGCAUCUUACUAAAGUAUUUACAUUUAUAUUGUAGCUUUAUAUCAUCGGUUUAAUUCACGUAUUUAAUGCAAUUCAUGUAUUUUUGUUUACACAUACUAUACGAGCCUGUUUUUGACUUCAUUGUUAUGGUAAAAAGUUCGGCUGCAGUGUUUUAACCAACCGCAAGAGGGAGCACAUGCUUCACGCUUCACUCCUGACACGUUUUCAGAGACUUCACACUUUAGACUUUAAACUUUUAAGUGACACAUCACAGUUCACACAGUUUACUCAGAACAAGACGUUUAAAAGAGAGGAAAACCAUCAAGAUGGCCGCCCGCUUCCUGUUUUUCUUUGACUUCGACGAGACGCUGAUCGCCGAGAACAGCGACGACUCUGUGGUCCGUGCCACGCCGUUAAAAAAGCUCCCCGCGUCCCUGAGCGAUAGUUGCCGUCCCGGAUUCUUCCUUAAGCACUCACAGAGAAUCUUGACGUUCCUGAGCGAGUGCGGCGUCACCGAGGACGCCAUCCGGGCGGAAAUCGAGCAAAUCCCGACCUCUCCGGGCGGAGCGGCGCUUCUCGACUUCCUGCUGGCUCGGGACGACUUCGAGUGCGUCGUCGUCUCGGACGCUAACUCGUACUUUAUCGAGACUUGGUUACAGCACCUCGGUGCUCGCAAGCUUUUCGCCAAGGUUUUCACCAACCCGGCAGAAUUCGACAUCAACGGACGCCUCGUCUUGCGCCCUUUCCACUCCCACACGUGCGCCAAGUGCCCAGAGAACAUGUGCAAGCAGGUCGUCCUGAGAGACUACAUGAGCGAAAGGGUGAUGGAGCGAGGGGAACCGUUCCAAAAGGUGUUUUAUAUAGGGGACGGAGAAAACGACGUCUGUCCCACGCUAGCGUUGGGACAACACGACACGGUUUUCCCUCGGAGAGGUUUCCCCAUGCACAGGAUCAUUCAGGAUCUCUGCAAAACGCAGCCGGGCGUGUAUAAACCCUCGCUGAUGCCCUGGGAACGAGGUGAAGACGUGGUGGACUUCCUGAAGGAGAUCUUGCAGGAGAAAUAACCGGCUCGAGCGGAACGAGUGAACGAGUUCGAAAAGAAUAAGGCGGAAGGAAGGAGAUUAAAUGACACACACAGAUACCUAAUACACACACAAACCAGCAGCUGAGACAUGAUUAGCCUUGCAUGAGCCUCGCCAGAAUAUAAAAGUUCAGAGUGCGGAAAGAACCAGAAAAAAGGAGGAGUUCUGAGGACGUUAAACCUCCAACAAUCAAAGGCUAAAGGCUAAUGCAAGGCUAACUUUUAUUAAUGUCUUCCUGAACUCUAUCACACACACACACACACACACACACACACACACACACACACCCACACUCAUACUGAUAAUACACACAUGAACACUAAUCUAUUUAACACAGACGCAUUCAUACGGAGGCUAGUUCCAAAUGCUCAUGCACACAGAGGCUAGUCCCUCUCAAGCUAAUUCCACUUACACACACACACACACACACACACACACACACACUAGUCUCUUGUGUAUGCUAAUUAUCAGCAUGUGUUGUGCUGUUUGUGUAAAAACAAACCAUUUUCUAAAAAAAUUCACACUAAUUAGCGUGUUAUAUAGCUACUACUAUAUGAUCAGAGCAAUUUUUUUAAAACACCAUGUAGGCCACGCCCACAAGCACAAACUACAAGUGAAUAUCACUUGCUAGCGUGAACGUAGGUUUAGAGCCAUAAUAAACAACCAGACACAGAGUUUUUUUCCUGCUUCCUAAUGGAUUUUAGUGUGUUUCUGAUGGUCUGUAAUGGUAGUUUAAUGGAAUAUCCUGUCCCUAAUGGUUUCUGAUGGUUUGUCUCAUUUUAUUUUGAUGUUAAUCAUCGACCCAUGAAAGAUGGCCCUUCUGGGCUGUAGUGGUAUUUAAUAGUAACCAAUAAAACUCCUAAUGGAAACCUAUAGGAAUGUGAUGGAAACCUUUAAAGUCCAUUAUUCGGAUGGAUUGUAGUGGGGGGUUUUUUCAGACGGGUAACCCUGUCACUACAUCAGGAACGAAUCACCCGGUGUCUUUCUGUUAUAGGAAAAUAAUCACUAAUACUCUCAUUUUUUUUCCUUAUCUCAUUUGUCUCGCAUGAUUUUAUCUCAUCCUGUCGUUCCUUGAUUUCUUUUUUUUCAUCGACCCAUCUCAGGUUUCCUUAGCGUGUGUUGUUUUGUCUCGUCGUUCCUCAUCUUAUCUUGCUUUCCGUCGUAUCUUAUCUUGUUUUCAGCUGCGCUGGCUUAUCCGUCCUCGCGUAGUUUCCGAUUUCUUUCCUCGUCUCGUCUUUCCACCCGGACUCCUCAUGCCUGAUGACUUUGUAAGCAGAAUAAACUACAGGUGCUCUUCAAGUCCUCGUGAUCCGCUGUGAAACCAAAGUAAUUACGUAAUAAGAAUAUAUUAUUUUUAAUCAUAACUCAGCACAUAAAGUCUAAUUAUGGAUUAUGACGUCGUUAUGUCAAAGCAUGAAAGAACAGUUGUGUGUGUAUGAAAAAUAUUUAUCGUAUCUUUAUCCUAUAUUGUGUCUUGAAUAUUGUAUUGACCUUCAGGUGAAGGUUUCAAUAUUAAGCAUGACAUUUAUUGAGGUAGGGGUCUGAGAGGGGGUUUAGUGCCACCUAGUGGUGCUCCACAAAGGUGUAUGUGUACAUUGGGAACUUAAAAAAGUUUCAUUUAGACCUCUCUCUCUCUCUCUCUCUCUCUCUCUCUCUCUCUCUCUCUCUCUCUCUCUCUCUCUCUCUCU